AUGGAGAAGUCUUUGAUUAUUUUCUUAUUCGUUUGUGUUGCAACAUCAUUUGCAAGCUUUGAACUUCCAAUGAUUCUGGAUAUUGGUUACAUCCCACCAGGUGCACCAAGAAUUGAUCAUCAAGUUCAAGCUUUCGGACCUUUUGUGACACCAAGAAACUUAACAUUCCAUUUUGAAUGGUCAACUGAAAGUCACGUAAUCGGUGGUGUAAGACUUCGUGGAUCAGAGCCACGUUACGAUAGAAUUUCAGUGACUCUUAAUCGAUUACAAACAAAUUCUUAUUCAAUCGAUAUUUCGGUCAUCGACACAACCUUUUCAUUGUUUUGGGCUGAACCGCACGGAUUUCCAAUCACUCCAACUGACUCAGCUAAGGAAGUGAAUAAUUAA